AUGAAAGCCUUCAGCUCCAUACUCAUCCUCCUCUUUGCCAUCUUCAGCCUCUGCCUCGCAGAACAGCGCCCAGACAGGUUCCCCGAUCAGGAUGAAGUCGACAAAGACAACUACGAGGCCGUGACCCUAGCCGCAGCGCAAAAGGGCGUCCGGCUCGAGCACGGCAAACGCUACGCCUUCCGCGAGAAAUGGGCCACCGUCUACGGCGAAUACAGGUGUCUGCCCGACUACUCGCACGUGCGGCUCAUCGUCGGCCAGUUCUUCAACAAUCCCACGCGCUCUGGACGGCAGGCUUUCUCCGGCAAAGCCUUUGAGAUGAUCAGCGACGAGGCAGAGACGAAGCUCGGGCAGACACCCGUCGGUGGAACGGUGGAGUCUCAGGUGACCGAGAAGUGGUGGGCGAACCACUAUUUCAACUACAAGAAGAAAGAAUGGGUGCACGUCAGCAAGGACAACAAGUACGAGUACCUCGGGGAAACGACGGCGACGGAUGCGUAUAUCGAGAACCAAGGUCUGAAGUACGCUCGCGAUCACCCUAGCUACAAUAUAGUCUGGAACAACUGCAUGGUUUACACCAACGAGGUGUGGGACGAAAUUCACUGA